AUGGAGCUUCCGGUCCAGCUUCAGAGCUCGAACGGCUCCCGUCCCGCGGGCUGCGGCUUGGCACUGGCUCAAGAGUACUGGCCCCUGUGCGACACGUGGGGGAUCGUGGUCCAGGCCGCAGCCGGCGCGGGGUUCGUCAGCUGCGUGGUGCUGAUGCUGGUUCUGCUGCUGCGGUUGGCGUGCGAGUCCCGCCGACGGUCGAGCGCGGUGGCGGCGCUGCUGGUCUUCUUGUUGGCCACGGCCGGCAUUUUUGCCCUUCCCUACUCCUUCAUCAUUGCUCUGUCUCCGCAGACGUGUCCGGUGCGGGUGUUUGCGUUCGGCGUAUUGUUCAGCGUGGCGUUCGGAGCUCUGCUUGCGCGCGGCCUGGCUCUGCUGGGCGUGGCGCUGGCGCGCGGCUGGAGGGAGGUGGGUGUGACCGCGGCACUCGCGCUGGUGCAGGUGAUCGUAGCGACGGAGUGGCUGCUGGUGGUGCUGGUGCAGGACAAGAGGAUGUGCCAGUUUUCACAGUCGGAGUUUGCCAUGCUACAGAUUUACGUGAUGGUCCUGUUAGUCGCCGCGCUGAUGACAGCGCUGCGCUUCCUCCGCCACGCGUGCGUCACCUACAGCUACAGCUACACCGGACGCACGCAUCGGCAGAACAAACUGCGGGCGGCGCUGCUGGUCCUGACGCUGCUGCUGAGCGCCUGCGUGUGGCUCGUCUGGAUCACGCUCCUCACGUACGGGAAUCGUGCCAUGGGCCGCAGCCCGCUUUGGGACGAGCCCUUGAUCUGCGUGGCGCUGACCGCUAACGGCUGGGUGCUGCUGCUGGGACACGGCUUCACUCAGGUCCGCUUCAUGUGCAAGCGCAGCGCUCGUACGAAAGAUCCGCCGCUGGACUUCACGGGCUGGACGAGCCCCAGAACGCAGCCGGCGGCUCCGCCGGCCCUGAAGACUGGCACCGACAACGUCGGCUUCCAGGAGGAUGUGGACGGGAGGAGAGGUAAAGACGUGGCGUCGCCUGGAAUCUUCAUGAGAGAAAUCAGUGCAGAGAAAGACUACAGCAUCCCUCGUCCCACGACCACCAACAUCAACGAGCCGUAUGACGAAUACUACGGACACAGAGUUUGA